CUAGGGUUGGGAAUCAGAGUCCCAGUUCCUCAGCCUCUCAGAGGGGGACUGAGGUGUCUUUUGCUUGAGGGAAUUGUCACUUCCAAUCACUUCCUGGAGCACACCAAACCCCACCCUCAGCCCCAGCAGGCCACCCAACCCUGAGUCCUCAGGAGAGUAGCCAGCUCCACCCUCCCCACCUGGACGUUUCCUGUCAGACCUGAGCUAGCAGUGAGUGUAGCCAGAGGAGAGCAGGGUGGCUCUGGAAAGCACGCAGGGCUUCCAACUGAGAACUGUGCUGCCCAGCCAUGCACCUUGGGCCAAGGUGGCUGGCAGGCAAGGGGCUGCCCCUCCUGGGGGCAGUGCUGCUGCGCAUGAGAGAGAAGAGGGGACCUCAGUGGAGCCAGUGUCGGCGGGAAACCCACCCAUACUAUGACCUCCAGGUGAAGGUGCUGAGGGCCAGAAAUAUCCAAGGCACAGAUCUACUGUCCAAAGCUGAUUGCUAUGUGCAACUGUGCCUGCCCACUGCGUCCUCUAGCCCCACCCAGACAAGAAUGGUGGCCAACUGCAGUGAUCCCAAAUGGGAUGAGACCUUCCACUACCGGAUCCACGGUGCUGUGAAAAAUGUUCUGGAGCUCACCCUUUAUGAUAAGGAUGUCCUGGACAGUGACCAGCUCUCCCUGCUACUGUUUGACUUGAGGAGCCUCAAGCCUGGCCAACCAUACAGACACACCUUCCUACUCAACCACCAGGACUCACAAGAGUUGCAGGUGGAAUUUGUUCUGGAAAACAGUCAGGUGCCUGCAUCUGAAGUUAUCACCAAUGGGGUCCUGGUGGCUCACCCCUGUCUGAGAAUCCAGGGCACCCUCGGGGAAGACGGCAUAGCCCCACAUCGAGAGUACGGCUCUAGGCAGAUUCAGCUGACAGUGCCUGGGGCCUAUGAGAAGCCACAGUUCUUGCCCCUGAAACCCCCCAAAGAAGGAGGCCACCCAACCACCUUCACCUUUCAUGUGAACCCCAUGAUCAGCUCCAGGCUGGAUGUGGAGCUGGGGGAGAAGCUCAGAGUCCUGGAGAGUGGCCCAAGUGCUGAGCUAGAGACCCAGACCAGCCAGCUGGGCAAAGGGGGCAUCCCGCUCUCUUCUUUGGCCAUAGGCCAGGAAGAACAGCGUUUCGUGGCCCUGGGGGAGGACCAAGCAGUGGUUCUGCAGAUGAAGGCAGAAAUGAGCACUGGAGACCUUGACCUGCGCCUUGGCUUUGGCCUGUGUGAUGGGGAACAGGAGUUUCUGGACAAGAGGAAGCCAAUCGUGUCUAAGGCCCUGCAGCAAGUGCUGGGAUUGAGCAAGGCUCCUGACAGUGGCCAGGUGCCUGUGGUGGCUGUGCUGGGCUCUGGAGGCGGAACCCGAGCCAUGUCUUCCCUGUAUGGCAGCCUGGCUGGGCUUCAGGAACUUGGCCUCCUGGACACCGUGACCUACCUCAGUGGGGUCUCUGGGUCUACCUGGUGCAUCUCCACACUGUACCAGGACCCAGCCUGGUCCCAGGUGGCCCUGCAGGGCCCCAUUGAGCGUACCCAGGCUCGGGUCUGCAGCAGUAAGAUGGGGGCAAUGUCCCCGGAGCGUUUACAGUACUAUGCCCAGGAGCUGGCAAGCCUGGAGGGCAGCGGCCACAGUGUUUCCCUCAUUGACCUCUGGGGUCUCCUCAUUGAGUAUUUCCUCUACCAGGCGGAAAACUCCGCCAGGCUGUCUGACCAGCAGGAGGCCAUCAGCCAGGGCCAGAACCCUUAUCCCAUCUACGCCAGCAUCAAUGUCCGCACCAACAUCAGCGGGGAAGACUUUGCAGAGUGGUGUGAGUUCACCCCCUAUGAGGUCGGCUUCCCCAAAUAUGGGGCUUAUGUUCCCACUGAGCUCUUUGGUUCUGAGUUCUUCAUGGGGCGUCUGCUGCAGCCCCGGCAAGAGCCCCGGAUCUGCUACCUACAGGGUAUGUGGGGCAGUGCCUUUGCAGCCAGCAUGGAUGAGAUCUUCCUGAAGAUGGCUGGCUCCGGCCUCAGCUUCCUAGAUGGGCACAGAGGGAAAGUAAACAUCACAGAUGACUGCCAGAAGCUCCAGCUACAUGACCCCACAUGUCUGCGAACCAGGCUCUUCACCCCCCAGGGUCCCUUCUCCCAGGCUAUGCUGGACAUAUUCACCUCCCGCUUUACCUCCGCGGAGAACUUUAAUUUCACCAGGGGCCUCUGCCUACACAAAGACUAUGUCGUUGGCCAGGAGUUCACAGCCUGGAAAGCCACGCACCCUGACGCCUUUCCCAACCAGCUCACUCCCAUGCGGGACUGCCUGUGCCUGGUGGAUGGGGGCUUUGCCAUCAACUCUCCCUUCCCCCUGAACCUGCUGCCCCAGAGAGCGGUAGACCUCAUUCUGUCCUUUGACUACUCCCUGGAAGCCCCUUUUGAGGUCUUACAGAUGACAGAGCAGUACUGUCUGGACCGAGGCAUCCCCUUCCCAAGGAUUGAGGUGCUCCCUGAGGACUUGGAGGAGCCCCGAGAGUGCUACUUGUUUACCAAGGCUGAGGACCCCCGCUCACCCACUGUGCUGCACUUCCCCCUUGUCAACCGGACCUUCCGUACACACCUGGCCCCAGGUAUGGAGCGACAAACAGCUGAGGAGAAGGCCUUCGGGGACUUUGUCAUCAACGGGUCAGACACUCCCUAUGGCAUGAUGAACUUCACCUAUGAGCCCGAGGAGUUUGAGAGGCUGGUGGCUCUUAGUCGAUACAAUGUUCUAAACAACGCGGAGACCCUGAGGCAUGCCCUCCGGCUGGCUCUAGAACAGCGGCAGGCUGGGGACAGGGCUGGGGCCUGACAGGGCUGGAAGGGAGGAUCAUGAGAGAGGGGAGCGACCCUGGGCUUCAGAUCAGGGCUGGAGAGAGAGGAGUGGUAGACCAUGAGGGGCUCCUGCUUCCCAUAUUACAGGGACCUGCUUUAGGCCCUCCAGGCCCCAGAAAUCUCCUGCCAAACGGCAGCUUAGCUUUGGGGCUGGGCCCUCCUCAUAGGUGUUUCUGGGUGAUGAUGGCUCUGUAUGUCUCUCUGGGGCUCUUGGGAAUGUGGGACAGAGGUGAGCAGUGCUCAUUUUGCACUGGAGUGUAGAGGGGAUCAGGCAACAGUCUAGCCCCAGAGCCUGCCCCGAACCUAGAAGGACCUUAGAGGGCCCAGGUCUUCAGACCCUCACCAGACCGGGAGCUGUGAGUGCUGAGGCCCAGGUUCCUCUCCUUAAGCUGAGACCGAAAGCAAAGAUUCCUCCAUCUAACCCACACUUUUGCAAAUGGUCAGGCUCCUGGAUGCAGGGCUUGUGCUAUUAUGAAUAAAUAAUUAUUAUGAAUAAA